AUGGUGGAGCGACACAAGGAUUCGUCUGCUGUAGCCGGUGCCGCCCCGGUCCAGCGAGCCGCCAUUGCUUGCCGCAGCUGUCGGCAACGCAAGGUCAAGUGCGAUGCCCAGCCCGACCGGCCCGACCAAAGUUGUGGUCCGUGUCGACGCGCCGGCAAGGACUGUAUGCUCGACCCCAUGUCGGACGGAAGAAGAUCCGUCAACCGCAAGUGUGUGGACAGGCUGCAGCAGCGCAUCGAGAUGCUCGAAGCCCAGAGCCAGAGAGCGGCUGAUCGGGUCGGCUGGGACUCCGGCGAGGACAGCAUCCACCAUCAUCCCGUCCGUCCGGCUGCUGCAGAAUACACGGCCAUGCUGCUGUCACAGGGUCCGACGUACGUACACUCAGCGAAUGCAAACCCGGAUACGACCGCUUUGGCUGACAUCCCACCAAGAAGCACACAGUCCACAAACACAACCGACACGGUAUCACAGCCAUCGCUGCCUCCUCCUCCGGCCCGUGUCGAGCCAGCGCCAACCUCCUCCGUCAGCGGAAGCUCACCGGGGGCCAACAGCAGCAGCCAUGGGUCCCCGAGCUUCUACGGCGCCACGUCGCACCCCCACGUCGGCACGUCCAACGAGGAGGCACCAAUGCCAAUGCCGCUCUUUGAUGAGGCAGACGUGGCCGGCAUCGGCAUCGACCUCGACCCCAACUCGCCGCACCUGCGCGCCCAUCUAUUCCAGUCCUUCUUCCAGUACCAGACCCUCUGGGUCGACGUGGUGGACAAAGAGGCGUUUCUGGGCCAGCCGACAGCCGGUGGCGGCAUUGGCGGCGCCAACACCCAGUCCCGGUGGCGGUCUAGCUUCCUAGAGAAUGCCAUGCUGGCGUGCGGCACCCGGCUCAGCACGUCCAAGUCGGUACGCGCCCUAGGGCCCAAAUACUGUGAGUGGGCCAAGGGCGACGUUCUGCGGGCCAUGUCCGACCCGACCCCUGCGAGCUUGCAGGGCUUUCUGCUGUUGAGCGAGUACGAAGUCACGCAGGGCAACGAUCGGCCAGCCUGGAUGUACUGUGGCGUGGCCUGCCGGAUGUUGUCGGACCUGGGCCUGCACGAGCUGGCGAGCCUGGCAGACGGUGCGGGCGAGGAUGCCGAGGCGGAGCGGGAGGACGACCUGGCGUACGCGCUGCUGUCGGCCUGUGUGGUAUACGAGGGCGUCUGGACGUUGUAUCUGGGGCGGCCGAGCUCGAUCCCGCGGGCGGUGAUGAGCGUGGCGGCAGCGCGGUGUCGGCAGCGACGACGGGCGGACACGCCAUGGCUGAACGCAUGGGUAGGUCUCAGCGUGCCGAUGGCCGAGAUCACGCGGCUGCUCAACGAGCGCUGGUGCGUUGCCGGCGACCUGGACGGCGACCGGCUCGCGGCCCUCCGAAGACUCUCGCGCCAGGUAGACGACUGGUAUGAGGGUCUGCCACCAGAGCUGGCCUACGUCGAGGACCGGCUGAUCAACAUGCACCUGGCCGGCUACGGGCUGCAUGCACAGUACUGCAAGGUCCAGAUCUUGGUGCGGCAGGCGCUGGCUCAACGGCAGCAGCCGUUCACGACGACAACGACAACAACGAGCACGGCAGCAAGCACGAUGAAUCCCCGGAAGCGACCACACGCCCAGAUGGAGGAGGGCGGUGUAGGAGCGGCAACAGCCGGCCCGGACGACGCUUCCGAGGCCGUGGCCUACCAGUUUGCCCUCCGCAUCGCCCGGCUGGUCGUGACGUAUCGCGAGGCCUUUGGCAUGGAGCAGAUCCCGUCCAUCAUGCUGGACAACUCGGUCGUCGCGGCCACGGCCAUGAUCCGACACCACAAUGGCAGCAGCAGCAGCAGCUCGACCGAAGGCGCCGGCGAGCUCGUCUGGCUGCGACAGCUCAUCAAGAGCAUGGAGUCGGUGCAGCCACACUUUCCCAUCAUCGCGCGCAUGCUCGACUCGCUCAAGCAGAUCUGUGGCAGCGGCCCACUCCUCCAACUGCUGCCGGCUGCCCGUCGGGGCUCGAGCGAGUCCCGGGCGCUCGACUCGCUCGACUUUGGCGCCAUGAACAGCAGACAGAACAAGAACGGCAGCAUCAGCAACUACUACGGUGGCGGCAGAAUCGACAGUACGAAUGACAGCUCCAUCGGCCUCGGAGGCGGUUCUGAUCUCAUGUGGGACUGCUUUGAUGCCGUCAUUACGCCGAGCAUCUUCCAGUCGGGUGCCUUUGUCGACUCUGACCUCGACCUCCCUCCGCCAUCCGAGGCUCUGAGCUCAGCCCUCGCCCAGGUGGUGUCGUAG